GCGAACAACAUCCAGACACCUCAGAUCAACAACCCUAGACAGCUACGAGCCCAGCCUUUAUCACUACUCAAUGGGAUAUACUCUGCCGUAGUCUGCAUUGCCAGUAUUAUUUUGAAAGCUCCAUAUCCCCCUCCCACGGGCCAAUUGGCCUAGCUACCCCUCCUUUGACCAUGUCUCGUUCCGCAGCAGACGCAACCCGUUUCACAGCGACGGGCCCCUAUGCGUCCUCGAAACCGUCAGUAGCAAACUCCGGCACUUCAAGGUCGGCGGGCGCAGGAACUAGCUCAUCUACGACGACCGGAUCGGGCCCCGGGGGCAAACAAGAGACUCCCAAGCAGAAAGUCGAACGGCUACGCGCUCAGGCUCGUGCGGCGCGAUAUGCGAAGGCCUUUACCCCGAUGGAUCGGGUUAUGUCAAAGGGGCGGGUAUGGGCCGACCGUGCACACAGGGUUACAGUUUAUACUCUUAUAACUGCAUCUGGUCUCGCUGCCGCCCUCACCAUCUACUCAGCAACCUCGCUGAUACUUUACAAUCGCCGCCAAAAGCAACUGUGGAUUGAUAAAGAAUUAGACAAGCUCCUGGAGGCAAAAAAAGCAUAUGUCGCAGGCAAUCCCACAGUAGAGCAGCUUAAAUUAUUGGAACAAGAGAAGCAGGCGGAUAUGGAAAGGAGACAAAAGGAGGAAUUGAAAAAGCAAACGAUGUUUUACAAGGGAAAGGAAUGGCUAUUCGGAGGACUUAAAAAUGAAGACGGUACAAGUGCUGAACUCAAAGGUAACGACGAAGUUGCCAAUGCGAGACCAAGCGUGCUUGAAGCUGUGAAUGCUAGCAGAGUGGAAAACGCUGCGCCAUUCGAGCAAGGUCCCAACCCCGGUGAGCCCGGCCAAUUAGAACCGAAGGUAGAUGAAGCGUCAAACCAACCGAAGAAGAGUUGGACGAGCUGGAUAACAGGACGGUAGAAACGGUGUGAAACCCAGUGCGAAGUCGCCAUCUUUCAGCAAUUUUCCAGCCCAAAUUGCGACAUGAGAAGGCAGAUCUUCCUCAAUUUAUACUUUCAUUUUUCCAUUUAUUUGCAUGUGUUAUAUACCUGUUUUACUUGGCCUUUCUCUUCCACCUGGUCUCAUUGGGAUGGAAUCUUCACUGUACAUUUUAUCAGCAUUGUCUUAUUUUUGGGGCCAUUUUCAGGUGUUCUUUGGUGAAUACAUAUUGCUAUUUUCCUCUCCAUUAUGUACGAUCAUCUCUCGCACCCAUCUCCUCGGAAUAUAGAUAUACAGAGUUGCAGAAACUCUGAAUUUCACUUGGCGUUUAUCCGCGAUUUGAGCCCUUACUGCAAUCACUCCCUGUGUCUUGGUGUGGCGAAUGGUGUUUAGGGCGGAACCUCGCAACUCAACUCUAGUCAGAUAACUCGGAUCCAUGUGGAAAUGUCCGCUAUUAUUGCUCAUUUAUAGGGAAUUAAUUUUGAGUUAAUUGAGCCUAUGUUCUCGAUGUAGCGAGACUAUCGACCUAUGAUACAUGCUUUUAGUUGAGAAUGGAGCAACCUAUUCUUCUACUGCACUAUAUGAUACUGUUCAAAACCUAUGCAACAGGUUCUCAGAUGAAUUUGUCAUGUCAAGGUUUAGAACAACACACGCGGUAUCCCAAGGCCGCGGUGACGACCGGGUUCACCCAUUGCUGUCCUGAUUGACCUGUUUCAGAACUAGAGUGUA